GCGCGCGCGGCUCCCGGCUCAUGAAGAGGCUUAUGUGCGUUUCUGCGGGGAGGAGAAGGGAGCCAGACAGGCGACAGUGAACACGGUCUUGGCUUUAGGGCACAGGCUCGGGAGCCAAUGAGAAGCAGACAUCCACUCCUCUCUGUCCUGCCUGGCUUGGCUCAGCUCGGCGCGCCCUGUAAUUAGGAGCUCUUGCUGGGUUGGGCGCCGCCCGCCACGGUGGACAGCCUGGCUGGCUGCUGCGUCAAGGGAGUUUGGGAACGCCAGCUCCACACUGACUGAGGGCAGCAGGAGUUUAGAGCGAACGGGGCCAAAUCCAAAAGCGGCCGACAAGAUCGCUUUUAAAAUGAACGGUCAAUCGUCACCUGUCUUUGAGGAGAAGAAACCGUCUCUGCCCGGCGUGACGGGGAGCUCCAUCUCCGCCAAGGACUCCCCCCCGACCCUGCCGGAGUCCUCCUCCGCCGACGCGGGCUUCUACGGCGGGCAGAGCGCGCUGCACGACUCGCAGGACUUUUACGCGGCGCAGCAGCCGUACGGAGCUCCGCACAUGAACCCGUACACCUACCACCACCACCACCACUACAACCUGAACGGCAUGGCGCCCAGCGGCGCGUACUCGGUGGGCAAGGCGGAAUACCCGUACCCGCAUGCGGCGUACAGAGAUCACGGAGCCUUCGGUAGGGAGGUGCAGACGGCGCUGCAAGAAGGUGUGAAAGAGGAACCGGACCUGGAAGUCCGGAUGGUCAACGGGAAACCCAAGAAGGUCCGCAAACCACGGACCAUCUACUCCAGCUACCAGCUGGCCGUGCUGCAGAGGAGAUUCCAGUCGGCCCAGUACCUGGCCCUGCCGGAGCGGGCCGAACUGGCUGCUCAACUGGGCCUCACCCAAACGCAGGUUAAGAUCUGGUUCCAGAAUCGACGCUCCAAAUUCAAGAAGCUCUACAAGAACGGCGAGUUUCCGCUCGGCGACAUGCCCUGUGAACAUAGCCCAGACGCCAGCGACUCCAUGGCCUGCAACUCUCCCCCGUCCCCGGCCGUGUGGGACAACGCCUCUGGCAACAGCAGCAACAACAACAACAACAGCAGCAACACAAACGGCAGCAUCAGCGGCAUAAGCAGCAUCAAUGACACAAACGGCGGCGGCCUCAAGAACAGCGCAAUACUGGAUCCCGCCAGCAGGGGUCCGUAUCAGCCCCCGAUCAGCUCCUCUCCUGCGUACAUGGAGGACUUUACGCAGCACAACUGGUACCAGCAGCAGGGGGAGCACUUAGGCCUGGCGCAGUCAGGCCAGAUACACCACACGCCGCCAACAGCGCCAUCAGAUGCACAGAGCAUGCGAGCCAUCUACUGAGCCACCAGUCUGGACGCUCAGCAGCAUUGGUGCUGAAAAACCAGACCUUUUGUGUGUUUUUCUCCUCUUGAGAGGAAUUUCAGCAUUGCUGUAACCCCAAAUAACCUGACAGAGAACAGACUCAAGCAAUGACUGGUAGAAACUACAAAUAUAUGAAUCUUUCCUCCAUUUCUCCCAAGUCGGACUGAUAUUUUUUGGGGAGAUCACGUGGAUUGAAGUGUUUUUGCACUGCUUAGUCUGAUAAUAUUUUGUGAAUUAGUUCUUUUUUUUUUCUAUUUGAAAUUUCUCCGUAUUUAACGUAAAAAAACUUUUAAUUAUUUGGUCAUUCCAACAAAUUAUGUUCUGGAUUCGUCCUCUGUCUGUUCCCUACUGAAACAACGUGCUACUGAAACUCACUGCUGGACUUUACCAAACAUAAAGACUAUCAAGGUAAACCUUUUUUUUUCUAUCGGUUUGAAAAAAAAAAAAGAACUCAGUACAGAUUGAUGGACUCGUCUUUGUGUUCAACUGACUCAAACUAAGAUUUCCUUAUUUAUUUCUCAUAUAUAUCCUCCUGUAUAGAAACACUGCAAUCAAAUGUAAGUACUGUCACAAUGUUGAAACCUUGUGUGUUUAGGGAAAAGAGUCUCAGCUUCCAACUGAGACGGUAGCUCGGUUUCUAAAUGUCAAGCAAGUUUCGAGCAAACCUUUAAAACAAAGAUGAAGAAGGAAGAAACAAGUGUUUCCAUUUACUGGUUUGGUGCGAAUCAAAGUGUGACGUCGUCAGGCGUCGAUGCUACGUAUGGCUGCAGACCAGCAUGGACCGGACAGCUCAGAAAAACAGGGAGAGAGUCCUCCCGUCUGCGCUGGAGGUUUGGACUGGCAGAGUUUGUUACGCUGGAACCUAUUCUGCAAACGUGUCUCCAUCUCCCUCUGAGUGAAUUAACUCUUUUUGCCUGAAAAAACGCGAGGAAGUUAUUUUGAGUUUGCUGUUUCCAUCCACCGUUUCUAGAGUGAUACUUCAAAAAGUGGCAUUAAAAAUUGUUAAUGGAAAACCAACUAAUUACUCAAUUACUUGUAUUUGCUACAAAGUAGAAUAAGAGGUGGACAGUGAAACAACAACAACAAAAAAACCCCCACCAGCAACAGGUUGGGGAGGGGUUUCUGUACUCAUGGUUCCUCUGUUGUUUUGUGCUUGAACAUUGAACAGCACUGAUCAACCCAGUCUAUUUGUAUUGGUGAACAUCCACAACAGCAGCUUACUUUAGCAUUGAAGCUCAUUUUUAGCAUCAGAACUCUGGGUUCCAAUCGAUGGGCAGACUUUGGCCGGCCCUGUUAAUAUCUUUUCUAACAAUGAUUUUGGGUAUAAAGCUAAAUAUGUCCUCCAACUCAGUUGAGGACAAGUCCUGCUGGUGGUGACGGCCAAACGGCAGGGACUAAGUGAUAACACCAAAACUGUGUUUCUAAGGGACGAAUUGUUAAUCAAAGGCUCAUUAUAACAGAAUAUGAGUCAUUCAUUCUGCCUGUCAGAAAUGUCCUUUUCUGAGUCAAAUUUAAUUUCUUCUCGAAGCCGUCAUGAUAUUUGGAAUUUGUCCUUAUCUGUCGUGCUGCCCUUCAGGGGAACUUUAAAAUCUCUCACCUGACGCCUCGCCUGGUGCUCCUCGUGUCACCAUCUCUCUUUCUCUGCCUCUCCAUUCACUUCUCUCACCGAGAGCACAUCUUAACACAAGCGGUUUGAUGUUCAAACAAAAGGGGCUGGAAAGUUUUCCAACAAUCGCCCAGACUUCCCCCUUCAGAGAAAAACACGAAUUGGCUGGAGAAAAUUAUUCACAAACAGGAGAAGAGUUCUCCUGAAGGAUGAGGCAAACUCUUUGCAUGUAAUAUGGACCCGCCUGGAGCUGUGGAGACGCUCCUGUUAGCAUGAGGAGAAUAAAUAUGUUUGAGUCUUUAUUAUUUAAACAGACUUAAGAACAACUUGUCUUUAAUUAAGUCACCUUGACUGAAUUUCUAGACAAAAAAGGGAACAUGAAGACAACUGCUUUCUGUGGUCACAUUUAACAGUAAUUUGUCCCAAAGAUGCUACGCUAGCCAGUCUUUUAGCCUGUACCAAACAUACUGUAAAGCAUUUCAUGUAAAUAUUAUGUGAAUAAAUUAAACAAGGAACACAUUUGCACAUUGAUUCAU